GGGGGCGGCAGCUCCUCCGCGCCGCGGUCGGGGCCCGGUGGGGGGCCAUGGGCACGGCGGGCGGCGGCGCCCUGCGGCUGCCCGGGCUGCACGGCUACGCGGCGGAGUUCUCGCCCUACUGGCCGGGGCGUGUGGCCUGCGCCGCCGCGCAGUACUACGGCAUCGCAGGCUGUGGAACUUUGGCAGUGCUGGAACAAAAUGAAGCCAAGAUUGUUCUGCUCAGGAGUUUUGACUGGAAUGAUGGCCUGUUUGAUGUGACCUGGAGUGAGAAUAAUGAACAUGUGUUGAUCACUUCUAGUGGAGAUGGAUCUCUGCAAAUCUGGGAUACAGCUAAAACAAAAGGUCCACUGCAAGUCUAUAAAGAGCACACUCAGGAGGUAUUUAGUGUUGACUGGAGCCAAACUAGAGGAGAACAGCUAGUGGUGUCUGGUUCAUGUGAUCAAACAGCCAAGCUGUGGGAUCCAGCUGUGGGGAAGUCAUUAUGCACUUUUAAAGGCCACGAAGCGGUCAUUUACAGCACUAUAUGGUCUCCACACAUCCCAGGUUGUUUUGCAUCUGCCUCAGGUGACCAGACUUUAAGAGUUUGGGAUGUGAAAGCUCCCAAAGUCAACCUUGUGAUACCAGCCCACCAGGCUGAGAUCUUGAGCUGUGACUGGUGCAAAUAUGAUGAGAACUUGCUGGUAACUGGUGCAGUUGACUGUAGCUUGAAAGGCUGGGAUUUGCGGAACAUCCGUCAACCAGUGUUCAUCUUGCUUGGUCAUACCUAUGCUAUCAGAAGAGUAAAAUUUUCACCAUUCCAUGCAACCUUAUUGGCGUCUUGCUCCUAUGAUUUUACUGUGAGAUUCUGGGAUUUUUCCAAGCCUAACCCUUUGCUGGAAACAGUCGAGCAUCAUACUGAAUUUACAUGUGGACUGGAUUUAAGUCUUCACAACCGUGGUCAGGUGGUGGACUGUGCUUGGGAUGAACUAGUCAAGAUCUAUACUCCAUCGUGUCUGGCAGUUCCUGUCUAGAGAAAAAGUGGAUUGGACCCACCAGGAACCUUUCUCUCUUCCCCCAUGACCAGACUUGUGCUGAAUUGUCAACUGUGUCACUAAUCUUAGUGUCUCCGUUUAGGUAAAACUCUGUCUGAACAGAAUGUUAUGCACUUAAGCACGUGGAGAUUUUAGGGCUUGGUUUACUGUACCAGUAAAACGUUCAACAGCUACUGAAUGGCUGAAGAGUUACCAUAGCAGAUACGAGCUGGUGUCUGUAGAGCAGGAUCACCAACACAGUUUUGUGAUCUGUCUGGCUAAUGAGAGCUGAAGCCUGAAUCCUCUUGAUCCUUACAAAGAGUAAAAGUAACUGGCAGUGUAUUUUGAGAUAAUGUCGCUGUAGAAAAGAAGAGGAAAAAAGCAUCUUUUCACUGUAAAGUACUGUAAAGUCAACUGAGGUUUGUACCACUUGGAUGCAUUUAUAUGUAUAUGUUUUGCUGUGACUCACUUUGCAUUAUGUUCUUGUGCAAUAUGACGAAUACUCUUGAUAGACAGUAAAUGUCAUACUUUAUAGCCAGCUGAUUCAUUUGACCAUUUUGAUUGCCACUUCACAAAGAUAAUAAAGAUUAGUUUAAUAUGUUUUUUCAGUUAGAUGUCCUUGAGUAAAACAGUUGAUGAAGUCAUGUAGAAAGAUAGUCUGAUAUUAGAGAAAACACUUAGGAAAAAAUGAAAUACAGACAACACCAAUUGCAUCACAAUCCUCAGGAUUUAGAGAUCAGGCAACCAGCUCUCCUAUUGGACUUGUCUUCUGUUUUCACUUAGAAAGUUUUUCCAAGAGGUAGAAGAGGAAUGUGGCCAUAUAUUCAGUGUUUCUGGAGCUCUGACAGCCUGGCCAAAGUGAAAGCUGAUGUCCAGACCAGUUGAACCUACAUACGUGCAGUGUAACUGCAUGGUAUAAGCAUAGCAAGCAGAUCCAGCGUGGGCAAGCUAUUGCACUUAGAAGAAUAAGCCAAACAUGUUAUGGGUAUGUUGAGUACUUUGACUCCUCAGCCCACAUGCUGGUAUUUUUAUCUGAGUUUUUCUGGGGCAAGUAGAGAUGUUCAGGUUUUAUGCCUCUCCAGUCUCCUUUGAAUACUCUUUCGGGAUCCAGCUGCGUGAGGCUUCUCUCUUGGUUUCCUGCUAGCUUUUGGGGUUUGGGGUUGGGGUUUUUGAUUUGGGUGUUUUGUUUUCUUUUUUUUAUUUUACCUUAAAGCUGUCUCCCUUCUGCUGUUACUCCAUAUCAACAAGCUUUACCAUCAAAAGACUGCAGAUCAGGUCUUUGCAGAUCUCUGGUCAGGCUUUCAUAGUCUUCUGUUAAUGAAUUGCUGUGCAUUUCUGGGCUGUACCACUCGUAUAUCAAGCAACAGCAGACACUGCCAGAUCUACUGGAUGCUUUGAAGAAGUGAAAGAAUUCAGAAGAGCUAAGACCUGCAAGUUGCAAGGAAAGACUGAUUGUGCUGUUUUGGAGCAUGUAGCCACAGGGAGAUGAGCUUGUAUUGAUUUGGUGAUAGGGCAAGACUAAGAAACCCUCUUCUGCAACAUGAGAAUCUGGAACCUGGUAGGAUCUAAGAUUUUUCUGGGUCACUGCAAACUGACUCCAGAAUGUCAUCUUCUCAAGCUGAAUGAAGAAGUAGGUUUUUUGGGUUUUUUUGAUUUUUGUUUUUUUUGUGACAGUGUGCUGCACCAAAUUCCAUAUAUUUACUGUGCUUUAAUUGUGUGUGCUGAGGAAUGAUGCAACGAUAAAGCUGUGCUGCAUACAGCUUUCAGCAAUAUCGUGGACCAUAAAAUCUAAUUUUAGGCAUUAAAAUUGAUUAUUUCAACUUUAAUAGUUACUCCACCCUUCUGCUUUAUCUCUUUUUUUCUGCUUAGAUUGCCACUUACUUGUCUGAGUGAGUGGAACAUUUUGGUGGGAGUAUGUAUUUUAUAUGCAUGUUUCUGGGGAGAAGGAUUGAGGGAGAGGGACAUUCUAAAUGCUGCCAUAGCCUAUCAAUGGAAGGUCAAAUGGAGAAAACCUAGCACAGCAGGGGCAGGAAUUCUGACCACACACACUCAACAUGUGGAUUAAACCUUUUCUAAACUACCUUCUCUCCCCUCAUAUCCUGAUUAGUGUCAGUGCUGAGGGUUGCUGUGUCUGGAUUUAAUUCUCUUGAAAAACGAGUGGAUCCAGAAGAUGCACAGAGUAAAUAAAAAUUGCGGCCUUUAAUCUUCCUGCUUGAUCUUUGAAUGGAGGGAACGUGCUGUAACAUUUCUGCAUUGUAACAGAAAAAGUUGUUGCUGAUUCUUAAUUCUCAGGGAAUGGUUGCUAUAGUUGUUGUAAAGAAAUACUUUUUAUUUUAUGACCAUAAUACUAGCUUCUCUUUUUUUUCCAUUUACUGAAACAGAUCUUUAACAACAACAGUCUUAAAUAUGUAAAGUGUUCUCCUUUUAAACUUGCUUCUGUGGAAGAUUUUGUUUUACGGGAGCUCAUAGAUUUCUCCUUGGUUCAGGAAAUAUAUUGAUUACUCAUGUUCUGAAGGAGUGGAUUUGCAAUUCUACAGUGCUAUUAAAUUAAUUGCACACAAUA